AAGUUUAGUCCUGUCGAAAAGUGACUUUGUCUUGAGCCACGGAACCAGCGAAUUUCAAUGUUUAUUAAAAUUAUCUCAAAGUUUGAAGUUAGGGUUUAUACUUUUAAAAUAAUAUAGUUGUUGCAAGAGAAUUGUUUAUAUAACGAGAUAGUGUUUUUUAAAUAAUGUAAAUAAGGUACUAUGUUUCUUUUUUUGGAUAGGUUUUUAUAUUAAUUCUCAAAAUCACGAUACAUACUUAACGAAAAUGUCUCAUCAACUGGGACGCCUUGUUGCACAAAUUUUGCAAAGAUAUUGUGGUGAAAUAGUGGAAAAGGUCGGGAAUGACCUAUUCAUGUAUGGCAGUAAACCAAUUGCGAUGAUAGUCAAGUCAACGGGUCUUCCGAGAACUCAGGUUAUUGAGAGCUUGAGAACACUUAUGAAAUUUGAUUUGGCUAUGUUUGAAGCUACAGGACCCCAUGUGGAUUACAGACUUCUUCCAGAAAACGUUUUACUACUGAUUAGAUAUCCCAGAUAUCUCCUACAGAUGAAAAGCAAAUAUGGAACAGAAGCAGAACUUAUUAUAGAAGAAUUAUUACAACAAGCAACAUGUAGUGCUACGCUGCUAUUGGUCACCAUAGCCAAUAAAUAUAAGGAUGAUAAGGAUAAAAAUCUUACAAUAGUAACACUUAAAGAUACAUUUAUCAGCUUAGCAACUGCUGCAUACAUUCAGCAAGCACCAGUGGCAGAAAUAAAAGAAGGAUCUGAAAUUCCUAAUUUGGUACAAGUAGCUACAAUAGUACCAGACCUAGAUACAAGGGCUCUCAUGCAGGCCAUGGCUAAUCCAGUUGACAUUAAAGAUAAUAUAUAUUGGAAAGUCAACUAUGACAGAUUUCAUCAGGACUUCAGAGAUGAUAUAAUGAUAAAAGCAAUGACAAGGCGUAUUGAUGAUACAGCUGGGGAAGUAAUGCGUUUAUUACUUCAACAAAUGUAUCUAUCGUCAGCUGCCUGGGCAGAGGAGUCUAAUGCAAUUCCUGUCACGGACUUGAGAGAGAGCUCGAGACUAACUGACAAAAUCCUCUUACAUCACCAUCUUGAGCAUUAUCUCAAGGUUAUGGAAGAGAACGGGGCCGGGUUCAUCCGUCGCGCGGGAGACGCGGGGGGAGGACAAUACUGUGUUCAGGCAAAGGUGGCAGCCAAAUUACUCGUUGAAGAUGUUCUUGAUCAUGUUGUCACCGAGCGAUUAGGCUCCAAGGCCGCUAGAAUAUUUAGAUUAAUAAGAGCAAAAAAGUAUGUAGAGGAGGAAGACAUACAGAAGAAUGCCAUGUUGCCAAAUAAGGAGUGCAAACAGUUGACAUACAAAUUAUUAGAAGAACAUUUCAUUAGUGUACAGCCAAUGAGAAAAUCACAACAAGUGUCCGGAACACAGAAAGGGAUAUAUUUAUAUCAUGUCAAGUUGUUUGAGGCAGUGCACGUCUGUCGUGAGAUGUGUUACGCGUCGCUUCACAACCUGUCACGUGCUCGAAGGCAGCUGGUCUCGGAGCAUGGUCGAGCCUUGGACAAGCAAAGGCGCGUACGGACCAUUGUGCAUGGGAUGCGCAUGCGCAGCGAGACAGAGGAAAGCAUUAAUGAUGUGUUGGAAACAUUGACUCCUCCAGAAGUAAAUCUGUUGGCUCAGGUGGAGAAGCAGCUGAAACAGCUCAGUACGGCUGAACUCGAGCUGGACAGAAAUCUAUUUAUUCUUAAUUGGUAUCUCCAUUAUCCUUAGAAUAUAAAAUAUGAUUAAUACUGUGUUAUAAUAAAAUAUUGAAAACCGUUGGUCUUUUUUUG